CCUUGUUUCUGUAUGUCUACAGGUAGGAAUACUAGAUAUAGACCUCUGUGGCCCCAGCAUCCCCAGGAUGUUUGAUGUGGAAGGACAUGACGUGCACCAGUGCCCAGGCGGCUGGGUGCCAGUCUAUCCAGACCAGGACCAGAGACUGGCCCUGAUGUCCAUCGGUUUCCUGCUACAGAACAGAGACGAUGCUGUGGUCUGGAGAGGACCCAAGAAAAAUGCGAUGAUCAAGCAGUUUAUAGGAGAUGUGGUAUGGGGAGACUUGGACUACCUCAUCAUAGACACACCCCCUGGCACCUCGGAUGAACACAUUUCAGUAGUAGAGAACGUGAGACCGUACCAUCCCGACGGUGCCGUCCUGGUGACCACGCCCCAGGGCGUGGCGGUGGGGGACGUGAGACGAGAGCUGACAUUCUGCAGGAAGACCAAACUGCCCGUCCUGGGGGUCAUCGAGAACAUGAGCGGAUUUGUGUGUCCACAUUGUACAGAAUGCACCAAUGUGUUCUCAAAAGGGGGAGGUGAAGCUUUAGCCAACCAGUUCAAUGUUCCAUUUCUAGGCUGUGUUCCCCUGGACCCCCAGCUCACCAGAAGUCUGGAGGAGGGACAGAGGUUUGUUGAUGCCUUCCCCACGUCUACCACAGCCCAGGCCAUCGGGAGGGUCACACAGACUCUUCUACAGAGGGAGGAACAACAGGACGACAUGGAUACAUCAUGAUUGUAGAGAAACGUUUUAGUUGUUUAAAUCCCUU